AUGGCGUCUCUUGCAACGGCAUGCCGUGCCUCUGUGCGUAUGGCCAGCAGCCGCGCCAUUGCUCGCUUUUCGACCUCUACGCGAUGCCUCGCCGCCCAAAACUUUAUUAUGCCCGCCCUAUCGCCGACCAUGACCGAGGGAAAUAUCGCCAGCUGGCGCGUCAAGGACGGCGAGAGCUUCAGCGCCGGCGACGUGCUGCUCGAGAUUGAGACGGACAAGGCCACCAUGGACGUCGAGGCCCAGGAAGACGGCAUUAUGAUGAAGAUCAUGUCCCAGGACGGCAGUAAGGCCGUCCCCGUCGGCACCCGCAUUGCCGUCCUCGCAGAGGCCGGCGACGAUAUUGCCGCGCUCGAGAUUCCCGCCGACCAGCAACCCAACAAGCAGACGUCCGCCGCCUCGGAAUCGGCCUCGUCGGAUCUCAAGAGCGAACCUGCGCCUUCCAGUGGCAACAGCAGCAGCAAACAGCAAAAGACCGCCCAGGGCGGCCAGUCAUACCAGCAAAAGUAUCCCCUUAUGCCCUCGGUCGAACAUCUCGUCAAGGCCAACGGCAUCAGCGAGGGGGAUGUCACCAAGAUCAAGCCGACCGGCCCCAGCGGCCGACUGCUCAAGGGUGACGUGCUGGCCUACAUUGGCACCAUCAAUGCCGAGACGCCCGCGGCCAUUUCUGCCCGAUUUGAGCACCUCGCGCACCUUGACCUCAGCAACAUCAAGGUUGCCCAGAAGAAGUCUGCCCCGGCCCCCAAGGCCGAUACCACCGCCUCUUCUGCCCCUGUGGAAGCGCUCCCUCUUGAGAUCAACGUGCCUGUCUCACUGGCCAAGGUCACGCAAGUACAGAAGAAGAUCCAGGACACAUUGGGCGUUUUCCUGCCACUGUCGACCUUUAUCAGCCGCGCUGCCGAAGUUGCCAACGAUGCGCUCCCCCGUGCGCAGCAGGAGCCCACCGCCAGCGAAUUGUUCGAUGCCGUUCUCGGCCUCGACAAGGUCAAGGCUGCCAAGGGGGCUCGUGGCAUCUACCUGCCGCAAGUAUCGGCGAUUCCUGCCGGUGCCACGUACAAGCCCAAGGGCACACCCACGCUGCACGUCAAGCACGAUAUCAUCGACGAGCUGGCUAGCCGCCCGCCCCAGCCACCGCCCUCCAACAUGGUGACGAUUGACACGGUGCCUGGCCUGUCGUCGGGUGGCAAUGUAUUCACCCUGACUGUGCCCAAGGCCGAGGAGGAGCGAGCAUAUGUAUUCUUGCAGCGCUGCAAGUUUAUCCUCGAGGACGAGCCCGGUAGACUGACAAUCAAGAAGAAGAAGAUUAUGAAGAAGAAGAUUAUGAAGAAGAAGAUUAUGAAGAAGAAGAUUAUGAAGAAGAAGACGAGGCAGAAGCAGAAGCAGAAUUUUGCAACGUCUCCUGUUGUUUUCGCACGGCGCGGUGCAUGCCGCGGCAAUGUUGUGCAACACAUCCUCAUGCGCCUCAAGAUGCACAUUCCGCGGAUGGAAUUCCGCUGCGUCAGGAUCGUCCAGGAUGCUACGCCAGCGACAGACGAGUGGGAGAAGCCACCGACUCGUCGCCGUCGUGAGGCUGAAUCUGGCGCAGCAGCCAUGUGUAGCAGCCCCUGUUUGGGUAAGCAGAUGGGAGUUGGGAGUUGGGAGUUGCGAAGUCGGGAGCUGGAGCUGAUCCCAAAUGGCUGA